ACACUCACACACUGAACAUCUUGAGUAGUUUAGAAGGAGUCCACUGCAACAUUAGGGGCAAAAAAUUCAGAGAAGGCGCAUGUGCACUUGCAUCUGUACACCCAAAAUAACGCAUAGUGACUUUUCUUCUUUUGAUUGCUCAUAGCUAUGUAAGAGGGUGUGUUCUUAUGAGAGAAGAGCACAUGUUUGUCUGUUGCUGAAGGAGCCACUACUGGGACAUAUAGCUCUUUUGCUUUGGUACUUGUGUGAACAAGAGAGUUGUUUCGUGGAAAUCUCAGAGAAUGGCAAACUCUGCUAUAUCCUCGGAAACAUCCCACUAAGUGACAAUGGCCGAGGCCAUCUGUUGUACCUUGGUGAACUGUAACUGUGACAGCUUUGAGCCCGGGAAGCUGAAAAGGAGGCAGUGUGAAAAAUGCAAACAUGGCUGGGUAGCACACGCCCUGAGCAAGCUGAAGGUGCACCAUGUGUUCCAGAGCAGCCAAGUGGAGAUUGUGCAAUCCAAUGUGGUGUUCGACAUCUGCAGUCUGAUGCUGUAUGGCACCCAAGCCAUCCCAAUCAGGCUCAAAAUCCUUCUAGACCGUCUUUUCUCUGUCCUGAAACAAGAGGAGGUUAUCCAAAUCCUCAAUGCACUCGACUGGACACUGCAGGAUUACAUUAGAGGAUACAUGCUACAGGAUGUUGCUGGUAAGGUAUUGGACCGGUGGACUAUCAUGACCUUUGAGGAAGAGAUUGCUACUCUCCAGCAGUUUCUGCGUUUUGGUGAAACAAAAUCAAUUGUGGAGCUUAUGGCUUUACAGGACAAGGAGGGACAGGCAGUGUUGGUUCCCAGCACCCACGCAAACUCAGAUAUCCGCACCUUUAUUGAGCGUAACAGCCCUCAGGCAACUGUCAAUCUCUCUACAACUGAAGUUGAAAAGAUUAGUGGCAACAGUAUGCACCACUUUGAGAACUUCAUCAAUAGCAUGGCCUUUGUGCUUCCAUUUCAGCUGUUAGGCCCUGUGUCUGCACCUUAUUUAAGCUUACCACCAGGGGCAAUGCAACAUGAGCACCAUCAGCCAUGUAGUGCUUCAGUUGAGCAGCACAUUCGGAGGAAAGAUGAAGUGAGGGACAAUCUUGGUAGGGACAACCCCCUCUAUCUUUCACAUCCCACAGAGAGCAGCCUGCUUGGUUCUAGCAUUGUCUUAUACACAUCUAAUUUGGACCAAACUGGAGAAAGAACAGUAAACAUACACUCCACAACUACAAAGAUUGAGGCUGAGGAUUUUUCCACCAGUGACAACUACUCAGAUGGAUCAUCAACACCAUGCACGCCGUCCAUGACAUCUGAUGUCCCACAAAUGUCACCUGAGGGAAAGCUGCAGUCAAUGAACAGGAAUGGGAGCAACACUGGAGGGGUAUCAGGGGGUGGAGGCUCUCUGAAGAAGGGUCGUGUAUUUUGCAAUGCUUGUGAGAAAACAUUUUAUGACAAAGGAACACUUAAAAUUCAUUACAAUGCAGUUCACCUAAAGAUUAAACACAAGUGUACAAUUGAGGGCUGCAACAUGGUGUUCAGUUCGCUGCGCAGUCGCAAUCGGCACAGUGCCAACCCAAACCCCCGGUUACACAUGCCCAUGAACCGAAACAACAGGGACAAAGAUUUACGGGAAAACUUGUCUGCUGAUGAAGGUUCACAAGGAGAAAAGAGGCCCGAAUAUAGCAAUACAAUUUCCAUCUCUUCCUCAGAUAGCCACAAGUCAGCACCCAACUACAUGGUGAAUAAUGUAGACACUGUUUCCAAGCUCCACACCAGUUCUUUUUCCAGCAUGGGCCAGACUGGCAUCCUUUUCCCUAAUUUGAAAACUGUACAGCCAGUCUUGCCUUUUUACCGAAGUUUGGUAGCCCCAGCAGAACUUGCGAACACCCCAGGAACACUACCUUCUCUUCCAGUUGUAUCUUCAUCUGUACCUGUCAAACCCAUCACAGCACCUGAACCCUGUCUGACAGAUCCUAUACCAAAGAAAAAAUCACGGAAGUCAAGUAUGCCAAUAAAAAUAGAGAAGGAGGUAAUAGAGCAAGAUGAGCGGAUGGAAAAUGGAAGCAGCUGUGAAGAGGAGGUUCCUCUGCACUCUAGGGACAACGAUAACUGUGAUGGGAACCAAGAAGAGCAGCAUAUGUGUAAUAAGAAACCUGACAAGCAGACUGAGGCCAGAGAAGAUUACACUGACAUAGAAAAGGAAAGGGAUUGUAGCAAAUAUCGAAUCGACCAAACCUUUGCUAGAUACUCAACUGAAAGGGAUGAUAAACAUGACAGACCAGAGCAAAAUGAAACAGGGGUCAUCACCGUUUCACUAUCCUCAUUAGAAAAGAGACUCUUGAAAUGCGGCAAAAUCUCAGUUGGUAUUGAAUCCACUUGCAGUGAAGAAAAAGCUGACACAGAAAAUUCAGACUCCUUGCAUGCACCCAAUAAGAUCCUAGAGCAACGGAAUGAAGUUGGGAACAGGGUUACUAAUGCGGGUGGCCUCCUGUUACAUGAGAAGGGAGGGCUUGAUAGAUGUGCAGAAGAUUAUGGGGUCUUCGGGUUGUCUUACCUUGAACCUGAUGCUAACCUUCCACAACAUUGUGAGAUUUGCAGUAAGACCUUUAAAAAUUAUUACAGUGUCAAAAGCCACUACCAAAACAUCCACUUGAAGGAGCUGCAUAUGUGCACAGUGGGUGGCUGCAACGCUGCUUUUCCAUCCCGCAGAAGCCGAGACAGACACAGUGCAAAUUUGAAGCUGCAUCACAAGCUGCUGGCCAAAGACUUACUCAGCCCAGUUACCCCACCCUUCCCUCCUUUAUCACAUUGCAGAGACAGAGACUCUCGGUGCCUGGAGCCUUGCCAAAACCUGCAAGAUAAGGAUCUGCUGCAUCAAGACCCAACCUGUCAGACUUCUGUCAUCUUCCGGGGACAUAAUCGCAUGGGACUGGUGUUUCCUAUGAGCAAGGUGCCUGCUACACUUAGCAGUGCUGAGACAUCACCCAUACCAGAGUUGGAAGGAUUAGGAGAGGGAGACAAAAGUAGAAAUGGGAAUGAUGGGACAAUCCUUGACCUGAGAACCUCAACUUCUGUUCUACCUUGUGGAAGUGGCAGCGGUCAGUCUUCCUGGGACUCAGAUGGAGCUGAGAGUGAUGAGGGGGAGGCAGGUGAAGAAGAUGAGGAGGUCCUCCCCCUGGAGGACAGUGAUAUAAGCUGUGAUGGGAUGGGUGUGGGGAGGUCUGAGACUGAGGAACUAGCACUUGGCAUACACAGCAAUCAAGGCUGUAGCAGGAACGGACAAAAAAGACUUCAGGGAGUGGGGUCUCCGAUUACAUGCCACAUCUGCCAAAAGGUGUACAGCAACAAAGGUACAUUUAGAGCUCAUUACAAGACUGUACAUCUCCGACUGCUUCAUAAGUGUAAGGUCCCUGGUUGUGAUACAUCCUUCUCCUCUGUGCGGAGCAGAAACAGACAUAGUCAGAACCCAAACCUGCACAAGAACAUAUGUGUUAAUUCAGUGCCCACAGUCAAACAGGAGUAAAGAGCAGGGUUUACAUGGCAGCAAACUGGUCAUGUUUCUUUUCAUUUUGAGGGUGGGGUAUCAGGGAGAAGGCUCACUAAUUAGCCCUUUUACAGAUGAAUAUCACAAUCCACUAAAAUAUCAUGUUUGGAAUAGGGGAAAUUCAAAAGAAAAAAUAUAAAGUUAGGAAUUAUUUUGCUGUAUAUGUUGUGCCAUUAUGCACCAUUAUCCAAUGUGUAUUAAAUAACUCUUGGUCUGUUAGGUAUUGUCCAGUAAAUAUCACCCCAAACAGCUGAUAUUAGGACAAUAGUUGAAAGAAUGAUUUGAGAACUUGCAUUAUUUAAACAGCAAACUCUGCACACAUAUGGAAUAAAUGAGUGACAACUUCUCUUCAAGUUCAAGAAUUUAUUUACAGAAA